AUCAGCCGUAACGAAUAUAUAUCGAUUAAUAUAUUCACGCUAUUGAUAAAUAUAUGCAAGUGCAUAUUUUUUCUACCUUAUGGAUCACACACACACAAUUUCUUACAAAUUUAAAAGGUACUGUUAAAUGUAACAGAAUUCUGGGAAGCAUAUUUUAAAGCACUAAGUCUGUAAAUUUCUGUGUUCUUUAUUUGCAUGCUCGCAAAUGACACGAUUUUAAAAAGAAGAUGAAGAAGAUAUCGAUCUGUUUGUGAGUGAGUUCGAAAAAGAAAUAGAGAUUCAGUCUUAGCUUGAACGUAUUUCUCAUAAGGAGUAAAUUAUGCAAAAGAAGAAUAAGGACACCCGGUGACAAUUCCCGGAUUGUUAGUACGUUUCGUUUUAUUUUUCCGUAUCAGUUUUUGCAUUGCUGUUGUUGAAAUUUAGUUCCAGUUGAAUGAAACCAAGAAGAAAGACGUUGCCAAUCUGAAGACUAAGAAGGUGGGAAACGAAUAUUCGAAAUUUUUGGAGAAAUUACGAAAUAUUAGAUGAUAUCGGAAUCAAGGAGUUGUUAAUAUCCAAUACAUCAACAACAUUUAUUAUCUUUUGAAGUCGACUAGAAAAUAUUACACACAUCAGAUAUAACCCCGUUUAUAUUGAUUGAUAACUGGGAAAUAUUUCUUCUGAACUCAGAUUAACCCUUUCGUUACUGUAUUUCUGUUGAGAUGCUCUGUGUUUCGUUCAAUUAAUUUUAAAUAUAACGAAGAAUUUAGUAAAAUAACUUUGUUAUCAUUAAACUAGUGUUAGGAACAUAAAUUGUGACUAAAGUUUGGUGGAAGAUUUUAAUUCAAAACUUAUGAAAGCAAGACAUUUGUACUCAGAGCCAGAGCCGGUUUCAGCCAGGUUGGUAACGAAAGGGUUAAAGCAACACUUCUCGACUUCUCUGUUUGGAAUAUCCACAAAAUGAUUUUUUAUCUGUAUUUUGUAUUCUCAUUCACCCUUUAGCCUUCAGAUUAUUCCAUCAAAUGUAAUGCGUAUUUAUUCACACCGUUUCCAAUUAAUUAUGUAUUAUCCUGUAGCUUCACCAUUUCAGGGAUGUUAUUGCAUAUUUUUAGAAUGACAUUGUAGGUUAGGUGUGAGAGGCUAGAUCUGGCUAAUUUGAACCCUAAUCCUUUAGCAUUCAGACUAUUCCAUCAAAUGUAAUUAAUGCUUAUUUAUUCACAUUGUUUUGAAUUGUAGCUUCAAAAUUUCAAUAAUGUGGUUGUAUAUUUUUAGAAUAACAUAGUAGGGUAGGUGUAAGAGGCCAGAUUUGGCUGAUUUGAACAUAAAACAGCCACAUAUGGUCAGUUUAAAUGCUAAAGGUUUAAACUUGGACGACUUUUCAAAGGAAUUUGCAGCAUUUUCAAAAAUUGACAAACUCAAAAAUUGAUGAAAAUAUAGCAUUGGAGGUGUUUGUAAGACAGAAUCCAUGAAAGCAAAUUCAGGAGAAAAAUAAUGGGAAACUGAAUUAUGUGACAAAAUUAAAGGAUUAAUUUUUUUCUCUUUGUUAUGAAACGAUGCCAAAACAUACAGGAAAAUCUUCAUAUCACUGUGAUAUUUGUGGUCGGCCAUUCUCUCUCAAAGGUAACCUAAUUACUCACAAACAUAUUCAUACAGGAGAGAAACCAUAUCACUGCGAUAUCUGUGGGAAAUCAUUCCCUGGUAAACAUGACUUAACUACACACAAACGUACUCAUACAGGAGAGAAACCUUAUCACUGUGAGAUCUGUGGGGAUUCAUUCUCUGAAAUUGGUCAUUUAACGACACACAAACGUAUUCAUACAGGAGAGAAGCCAUAUCAGUGUGAUAUCUGUGGUAAAUCCUUCUCUCAUGGAAACACCUUGACUAUACAUAAACGUAUUCAUACAGGAGAGAAACCAUAUCACUGCAAUAUCUGCGGUAAAUCAUUCUCUGUAAAUCAUCGCUUGAUUAAACACAAGCAAAAUCAUACAGGAGAGAAACCAUAUCACUGUGAUAUCUGUGGGGUAUCAUUUUCUCAGAGGAGUAACUUAACGAAGCACAAACGUAUUCAUACAGGAGAGAAACCGUACCACUGUGAGAUAUGUGGCAAAUCAUUUUCUGAAACUGGCCACUUAACUACACACAAACGUAUUCAUACAGGGGAGAAGCCAUAUCAGUGUGAUAUUUGUGGUAAAUCAUUCUCACAUGGAAACAGCUUAACUAUACACAAACGUAUUCAUACAGGUGAGAAGCCAUAUCACUGUGAUGUCUGUGGUAAAUCAUUCUCUGAAAAUGGAGUUUUAACUAAGCAUAAACGCAUUCAUACAGGAGAGAAACCAUAUCAGUGUGAUAUCUGUGGUAAAUUCUUCUCUCGAAAUGGUGAGGUAACUACACACAGACGUAUUCAUACAGGAGACAAACCAUAUCACUGUGAUAUCUGUGGUAAAUCUUUUUCUUUCAAUGGUGACCUGACUAAACACAAACGUAUUCAUACAGGAGAGAAACCAUAUCAGUGUGAUAUCUGUGGCAAAUUAUUCUCUCAAAAAGGUAACUUAACUACACAUGUAGGUAUUCAUGCAGAAGAGUAACUGUGUCAUCACCGUCAUCA